GUCUCCACUAAUGCCAGAUGUGGAGCUACUUUCGGCGGACAGACCUGCAAAGGAAGUAAGUGGGGUAAUUGCUGCAGUCAGUACUCGUACUGUGGAAGUACAGACGCAUAUUGUGCACCUGAGACCUGCCAGAAAGGGUUCGGCGAUUGC